AUUGCGAUGAUUGGCUCAUGUGAGAGCUAGGGCGAUAGGCGAUUGGCUGGGACGGUUUCCAGCCCUUCCAAUCAGGUCUGAGGUUCUUGUAUCACAUGACCUCGAGAUGGUACCUACCUGGCUAUUGGAUCCCAUGACAAUGUCAUUUACAUAUACAGCACCAGACAGAAGGACCAUAGGGUGGACAGAGAGUGCUCUAGAGAGAUCUCAUUGGAAGAAAAAGAUAGCCCCCGUGGAGAGGGUGACAGCUUUACCUCUGACAGAGUUCACCGGUAUACACAUUUUGGAAAGUGUGUGGCGAGAGACUGUCAAAGCUCCACACUUCGGCUUUCUAUCUUCUUCAUUUUGGUCCCUUAUGAAUUAUCGUAUGAGAAGGCAGAUACGAUUCAGAAAAUAAAACAUGCUACAUCACAUAGUUCUUCUGGGUGCUGUCACUCUGCUUGGAGUCCUGGAACAAGCUUACUUUUCCUUACAGGUGAUUGCAGCUCGACGAAAGUAUGGCGUGUCCCCUCCCAGCACAUCUGGCCCACCAGAAUUUGACAGAGUCUUCAGAGCCCAGGUAAACUGCACAGAAUACUUUCCAAUGUUCUUAGCUGUGCUGUGGUUAGCUGGCAUUUUCUUUCAUCAAGGUACAGCUUCUGUCUGCGGACUUCUUUACCUUCUUGCUAGAUAUCGCUACUUUCAAGGCUACAGUGCUUCACCAAAGGAAAGGCUUGGCCCUAUGUAUCUCAAUGCUGGGAUCCUCUGGCUCCUCAUUGGUCUGUCAGCGGCAGGGAUCCUACAUGAGCUGCUUUCACAUUAUCUGGGUUUGAGAAUAAUAUAAAUUCCCACUGAAUCCAACAAUGAAAGAAGAGCAGUUAGAUGUAAUGUGCAUACAAAGCCACUUCGUAUAUACGCCUGGCCUAUUUCCAUCUCCUAUAUGUACAGACUAAUCUAUAUUUCAACUUGUGUUGCUACUUUUUUGUGUAUUUUUUAAAGAAAUACAGAUUGUUUUGAUUUAAAAUGUGGGGUCAGUGAUACCUGGUAAGCAGAUGGCAAAUUCUGUAGCUGGGCUUUCAUUUACUUUUGUUUCAGUCCAAAACGUCUCUAUUGCCCCAUAAUUUAAAGCACAGUAAGGAUAAGUAUAGUAUUGGCAAAGGAAGGUUAAAAAUGAUUUUUCCAUUAUGUUUUCUCUAACAGCUGUGGAUAAAAAUAAUUUAAAAGACAAUUUUAAUAAACAUAUAAUUGAAAGUGA